GCUCCGCGCAAGCUCCCCGGACGACCGCUUCUUCUGCUUUUCUUCCUUUCUUUUUUCUUUUAUUAUUUUUGUAAAGGGGAAGAAAUAGAGCGCGGUCAUGACAGAAGAGAGCAGGGGGAUGACAGAGGAAAGCAGGGGAAAGCGCAGGAAGCAAGCCAACCCCAGGAGGAACAGAGUGGAUGCUGAGCAAGUGAACUCCCUGGGCUCCGAAGGGGAGGAUGAGGUGGGCUUGUGGAGCCUGGAGCCCCAGGACUGCCAGGAGAGCCUGGACAAGACGAGCCUGACGCUCAGCGAGGGCACGGACGAGCCUGGCAGCCCCGCUCAGGCCCCGCGGCCGCUGGGCCUCAGCCCCGGCGGCAGGAGCUGCUGGGGCCAGGUGGAGUCCGGGGCCAAGGCCGAGGGAGACGCCACCUACGUGUCCACCGACAGCAAGGCCGAGCAGGAGCCGGCGAGGAUGUACUGUAAGAACUCAGACUCCCAGAAUGCCUUUGAGGACCUUGCCCAGUAUGAGUUCCUGGCCCAGCUGAGGAAAGCCUCGACCUCAGUGGACCUCCUGGACCACCUGAACCACAAUGGCUCUUCGGCCGUGUUUCCCCCGGACAGUCGGCAGGAGGAGCUGCCGCCGGCCAUCUGGUCGCCCGGCGCGCAGCACUGCUCACCUGAGGGAGCAGAUGCGGGCCGGACCCAGCAGGCGUGUCCGUUUUGCCACAGGCUGUAUCAGCGCGGAGCUGCACUGAGGGACCACGUCAAAUACUGUCAGGACAGGGAGGGGGGCCACAUGAUCUGUCCGCUCUGUGGAUACACUGCCACCCUUAGGUCGCAUAUGGAGCGGCACCUUGCACUUCACAAUCAAGCACAGGAGAAGAGUGCCAUGACUCUGGACCAAGGCUCGGAGACCAGGAAGUUCAAAUGUCUUCAGUGUGGGAAGGCGUUCAAGUACAAACACCAUCUCAAAGAGCAUCUGCGUAUCCACAGCGGUGAGAAACCGUACGAGUGCUCCAACUGUAAGAAGCGUUUCUCUCACUCCGGCUCCUACAGCUCCCAUCUGAGCAGCAAAAAGUGCCUCAGCGGUGGAGGGCAGGGAGGGGCAAACACCGGAGGGGCCGGCGGGGCAUUUAAUGGACACAGUCAAGGUUCCUACCACCACUCGUUUCCAACAUCUCCCUCUGCUGGCGGGGGUAGAACCGGGAAUAGCAAGAGCUCCGUUUUGGCUCUGCAGAAUCAAGAGAGCAGCAGGUCGUUGGGUCGAAUGCCGGCGGACCCUCACCAGCUUUCACUGCAGGACCUCAGUCAGAACGCCCCGAGCUUCCCCAGCGUGGCGGACCUGGCCCGGCUGUGGGAUCCCACGGCAGAGCUGUCUCUGAGGACCAGCAUGCUGAAAGGAACCUCUCUGCUGCCUUAUCUCCACUCUGGGACCAAAUUUGAGCACAUGCUGCAGGAGAUGCUGCACAGAGAUGUAAAGACGGAGGAAGCGAUGGACAGACAAGUGGGGGAUUUAGAGGAACGGCUGCACAACGGGGAGGGACCCGAGAAGAAGCCUGACAGGAGGAGAGAGUCGGUGCGGUCAGGCGAAGCCGAAAGAGGCGAUCAGGGUGCGACGUGUCGCUGGUGCUCGCAGGUUUUCCCCAACGUGGCCGUGCUCCUGCAGCACGAGCGCUACCUCUGCAAGCUCAACAGAGAAGCCGUAGAAGUGCCUGAGGGGUUUCACAGGAAGGACCACUCCUCGCCACCUCUGUUCUUCCCCAGACCCGCUCUCCAACCAGAGACUAACAAACCAAACGAAGCAGCUAACGGCCUCCCUGGAAACAAGUCCCCGCUGCACAAACCCAGCUGGCACUCCGUCCCACAACAGCUUCUGGUCGCCAUGCACUCCCCACCGCUGUCCUGCCACGAUGCCCUGUCUUCACGGGUGUACUGGCCGAGCCAGGAAAAGGGCAGUCCGGGUCAGCUGAUGCAGCAGUCGCCGGAGCUCACGUCUCCACGCGGUAGAAGAAGAGUUCCCUCGUCGGGUUUCAGCUCCCCCGCCUGUCUCGACCUGACCGGCGGUCCUCCCGAACUCAGCUCGCUGCAGAACGAACCUCUGGACCUCUCCAUGCCCAAGCAGCUGUCAGACCACAGCGAGAGGAACAAAGCCGUCAACGGCUUCUCAGCCAGAGGGGAGCGGAGAGAGCGCCGGACCACACAGCCCGGUAGACCCAGUCCCACCUCACACCUCCCCCUGCACCAGCACCCAGUUUUCGGUGCAGCAGGAACUCCAGUUUUUCCGGGCUCCUUGUAUAAUGGGUUCCCCAUCUUCGGCCAGCCUGGUGUGGGACUUUCAGGCCCUGAUGGCAUCACACCGAUUCCCUUCAGCCAGUCGCCCGGCAGCCCGGGGUUUCUGUCGCCCAUGGCGUACAUGAUGGAGGCAGACGCAGAGGCGACGCUGAAAAAGAUCUACCAGGAGAGACAAGGUCUGAUGGGUGAAGUGUUAAACCGCGGCGCUCUGGACUACCUUUCUCUGAUUGACGAAGGCCUCGAUGGAGAAGGAGGGCCCGGCAGAAAGAGACUGAAGAAGACAGACGAAGGCCUUUACGCCUGUGACAUUUGUGAAAAAACCUUCCAGAAGAGCAGCUCUCUCCUCCGACACAAAUAUGAGCACACAGGCAAACGUCCCCACGAGUGCAAGAUCUGCAAAAAGGCCUUCAAGCACAAGCACCACCUGAUCGAACACAGCCGGCUGCACUCCGGAGAGAAACCCUACCAAUGUGACAAGUGCGGCAAACGCUUCUCUCACUCGGGCUCGUACUCGCAGCACAUGAACCACCGCUACGCCUACUGCAGCAAGGACCAGGACCCGGACCAGGACCAGGACCAGGAGGAGAUGCCGCUCACCCCGGGGCUGGGCAACAACCUCAUGGGGCGCCUCGCCGAGGACACCCCUCUGUCUCUGGACGAGACUGAAACUCCUCGCUUAUUCCUGAGUGAUUCCAGCCUGGACGGGGGUCCGGAUGCCCUCAAAGAGGAAGAGGAGGAGGAGGAGGAGGAAGAGGAGGAGGAGGAGGAAGAGGAGGCGAGAGCCAUCGGAGGCCAUGUGGAGGCAGCAGAGGAGCUGGGAGGAAUCCCGGUCCAAGAAUCACCUACAGGGGAGAACGGAGUGCAAAGUGAGAGAAAUAAUUAUGAUGUGGGAAACCAUAUGGACGUUACCGAGAGCCACAUCUGGAAGCAAGACUCUGUGCAGCAGAAUGGAGACUUGGAUAAAUGUGAACUCAACUUGGAUACAACAGAGCUACCCAGAAUAAAAACUUAGGGUGGCCUUCACAAGCCAUCAGACAGAAAAGCCUAUUUUGUAAAUAAUAAAACUUUUUGAUAAAUUGUUUUCACACAUAUGUAACAGCUUUUUUUUUUUUUUUUUUUACCCUAUUUUACAACCUGAAAAACGCACAGGAAUACCAAAGGAGUCACAGCCUUAUAGUGAAUGAAGCCAUACGAACAAGAUAUAUGUGACAAUGCAAAUUACAGCAUUUUAACACGUUUUGUCGGUGAUUUUUAUUUUUGUUUGAUGUGUUCCAGGACAAAAAAAAAAAAAAAAACUGUGUUGCCUGAUCUGCGGCCUUAUCAAAUAUCCUUAUGUGACUUUCUAGAAACUGUCUAUUUUAUUCGCUUGCUGCUACUGCCUGUUGCACAACAAAAACACAGUUAUUUUUGUCCAGGAUUUUGAUAUUGCUCCUAAUUUUGUUUACGUACUAUUUUGACAGUUCACACCAGCGAAUGCGUCUAAAAAGGCCAGCCCAGUAUAAAUUGACUGUACAGUGGAAAAUCAGCUGUUCUUUAAGUAUAGCGUCUUGAAGGCUACAGAUGCCGCCAAGUCAACCGAAUCGCCUGAUGCCUAAUUAAUAUAUUUAUCCGUCCGAACAGAUGCAAAAAAACCCCAACAAUUUCAAACCUUUGAGUGUUAUUUUAAACAGAAAUACCUUUUCUUGCUAAAAAAUGCACAUGCAGCUGUCUCUUUGUCCCAAAGCCAGCAGAACAUAUUGCAGGACUUUUGUCGUUUUAUGCUGUGAAAUUAUAAGGUACAACCAACUCGUCUCUUCAGGUCAACUGUGGUGCUUUAAUUAUUCAGCAGUGUUUUUAAUCUCAGAGGGAGAACUGGAAGGUGAAUAUUUAUUUUUCAGUCAAAAAAAGCAGCGGACUGCACCUUUUUGAUUGCACGCCUUGCGAAAAGGAGGAGAGUCAUUUCUUCGUGUUUGAAAAGGGCAAAAAGAUGAAGUCAGUCUUACGGACGGGGGAGGGGAGGGGAGGGGAGGCGAGGCCCCCCCCCCCCCCCACCGUCAAGGGACGCAAAUACAGUUUGCACUCAUCUCAGCGUCUGUGUAACAAAUGCUUGAUUUCAUUUUAAUGCUCAAAAAGACCGACUAUUUCUCGUAAUGCCUGUCUUCGCACCCCCGCAAAUGAUAAUGUGUCACACGCUCGUCUGUUGAGGUGUGACGAGAAGGGCCUGGACUCAGGACACACACGGCAGUUAUGAACUUCCUCUUUCUGACUGCAGUGUAGUCAACGUGAAAAGUGCUUCAGAUGCACCCAGACACUGUGAGGAGAGCGACAAAGCCUUGGUGGGAUGAGAUAAGACGGUUGUGUGUGAGGUGUGACUAAGCUUGCAACAUUCGUGCAUACUGUGCGCCAAAGUCAUGAUACGUGUGCGUGCGUGUGUGUGUGUGCGCGCGUGUGCGUGUGUGCAUGUGCUUAUCGCCAAAGAUGUGUAUAUGUGACACCCUAACUGCCAUCCUACUCUUGCUUAGUUCCUUUACCUGAUAUUUUUGGCCAAAUAGUAUAGCAUUUAAAAGGAAAAAAAAAAAAAAAGAAAGAAAAAAAUUGUACCUUCACUCAACAUCUGCACACUUUUUAUACUAAUUGCUGUUUUGAAAAAUGUGCUCAUGCAACUUUUUGUAUUUACUUUUUUAUAUACCUUUUGCAUGUUUGUGGAUAUUUGUAAUAAAAUUGUACAUAUUUUGUCA